AUGUCGUCAAUUGAACGACAUCAUCAAUCUACUCGAACUUCUCAAUCGGGAUCAUUAAUCGAGAAAACCAAUGUCACGUCUUCAUCAGAAUCUGAUGAUCUGAAGAGAUUGGAACACACACCUCAUAGGAAGAGGGCUUUGUCUAAGAAUUUGUCGAUGUGCCAAACCCCACGAGAUGUGGCGUGGGAGAAGAGGCGAAUUCAGAUACUCAAUCAAGAGAGGAAUUGUAAGAUUAAUGAAACCGAGGACAAUUUGACAGAUGAGGAUCUAAGUGAGCUUAGGGGUUCAAUUGAAUUGGGUUUCGGUUUCAAUGAGGAAGGGGUGUUGAAGAAGCCUGGUGGUAGGAGGCUUUGCAAUACUUUGCCGGCGCUUGACCUUUACUUUGCGGUUAAUAGGCAAUUUGCAACAAGCCCGGUUACCUCUCCAAGAAGCCAAAUAUCAAGCCAAAUAUCGUGUUUGUCAUCAACUUCAUCAUCGUCGUCAUUAAUUGGGAGCCCAAACUCUAAUAGCGAUGAUUCAUGGAAAAUAUGCUCCCCAGGUGAUAGUCCUCAACAGGUGAAGACAAAGUUAAGGCAUUGGGCUCAAGCUGUUGCUUGUUCAGUGAGGCAAUCUUACUGAACAAAAGAAAAAAUAUAUAUAUGUGGGGGGUGAAUAAAUAACAGAGAAAGAUGGGAAGAUGAUUAAUUAGAGUCAAACAAUAAGAGAACAAGAAUCUUACCCAAAAAAAAACCAAGAAUAGUGGAGGAGCUAUUAUCCAUGGAUGGAAGUUUCAGUCGCCCCGAUUCUCAAAUUAAUGUUGUUUCGAAUCGGUCUAUUAGCUCAAUAUACUUCCUUGGCAAAUAAUCUAACUAUAACAUUGCUUUAAGAUUAUAAACUAAUCAAAAAAUAACCAU